AUGUUGGGCUUCACAUUUCAAUAUUCCAUGUUCUAUGGUGUAACAUUUAACACCUGCACAUUUAUUAUUUGUGCACUAGCAGGCCAAGUCACUACAUCAUGUUCAGGGAUGAUAUAUAUAAGCACAACACAGACAAGAGCUCAUGUUCCAUCUCUAUUCCAGCUCCCAUUUAUUGAGAGAGAGACUGACUCAGAGGGGCUUGGCCUCAGCUCAUAUGCUGUGCCCCUUACCCAAUCCAGAGGCUGGCUACUCUGGUGGAGUGCUAGAGGACUUCUGGAGGAGCACAGGAAAUGUCCAGAGGAAUAUGGGAGAGUUCCAGGGGAACGCAGGAAGUGCUCAGGAGAGUUCCCACUGCAAGGUAAUACUUCUACAGGAAACAGGAUGGAAGGAUGGGAGGACAGGAGGACAGGAGGACAGGAUGUCCAGAGGUACGGAGAGCAGGACAUCUGA